ACGGGAGGAGGGCACAGUUCGCUACUGGUCAGAUCAAGUCAGCACCGGUCAGAAGAUCCAAAACAACAGACAUGAAGCUGCUCGUGUUUGCCGCCGUGCUGGCCGUGGCCGCCGCCGCCCCGUCGGAGCUCCCCUACGAGAGGGACAUUGUCGAGAUCCUACGACAGAACAUCGACCACAACGAUGACCAGUCCUACCAACACUCUUUCGAGAGCGAGAACGGCAUCUCUGUGUCGGAGUCUGGCGAGCCGGAGGAUGACGACAGCUACAGCGUGUCGGGCCAGUUCAGCUACACGGCCCCCGACGGCGUCACCUACACGGUGGUGUACUCGGCCGGCGAGCAGGGCUUCCAGGCGCAGGGCGACCACCUGCCCACCCCGGUGCCCACCCAGUACCCCACUCCGGAGGUGUCUGAGGAAGAGGAGGAGGAGGAUGAGGAAGAGGAGGAGCAGGAGGAGGGGGAGCCUCAGUACGAGCGUGUCAUCGUCGGCUACCGGUCACGAUACAACUAGGCCAUGAAAGUAGAGGUUUAAACCACUGUUCAAGGUGUUUGGAAAUAUUCUUCUAUGAACGAUUCUUCUGCGUAUUUAUUUGUUUUUCCGCAAAACAUUUAAAAAGUGUAUCGUGUUGCAGCCUGGCGACUGCAGCGAUGACUGCAUAAUAAACAUUUAAGAUAUUCAAGCUGAUGGUUUUAGAC